AAUGGCAACACAAAGUAGCAUAACGCAGAACAAAUCGGAAUGUGGAAGAGAGGUUUACUCGGCGCCGUCGGCGCAAUCCACCAUACACGUUCCUUAGCAACUCGCGGCGGAGCCACCAUAUCAUCCGCCGUAGACUCUAUGAUUCUCCGCUCCCUCAAGGAUCAUUACAUGGAAGUAGCCAAAAUGAACAUGCCCCCUAAAGUGAGUCCUCCAUCAUCUUUUACUAUCGUGAAGGGAGCACUUGAUUCGGAAGGUCCAGUUUUGAAGCGAAAUCAUGGCGACGAAGAGGUUAGCAUUUACGUGAUGCGAUUGGCGAAUGUGGAUGAUGAACAUAGCGGUGUUAUGGAUCAGCUGUUCAUUCAUGUUGAUGUAUCGAAACCUGAACAGAAAGAAUCGUUGAAUUUCCUUUGCGCUUUAUACGAAGAUGCUCUUGGGAUUCACUCUGUUUCUAUGAGACCUAAGCUUCAGCAAUCUGACGGAUACAUUCUUGCUCCCACUGAAUAUGCUGGUCCUGUUUUUGAAGAACUAGAUGAAAAGAUGAGAGAUGCAUUUCACAAUUACAUAGAGGAGCGAGGCGUAAACGAUAGCCUCUUUAAAUUUCUUCAAGCAUGGCUAUAUGUGAAGGAACAUCGAAAUUUAAUGCGUUGGUACAAGACAAUGGGCUUGUUCAUUGAUGGGAAGAAGCCAGCUACAGGUGCUUAAUCUCUUGCCAAAGUAAUGUAUUUUGCAUAUGAGAUCAUUCAGUGAACAAGUUAUGUAUUCCAAACUUGUUAAAUUUUGCCCCUCUUUUUUUCUACUUUAAUAUAUUCUUUUGAUAAUACUUAAUUUUA